CUCGGGGAGAUCGCCGUGCUCAAGAAGCUCGAAUCCCCAAACAUCAUCCGUCUGUUCAACGUCGUGGAUCACCCCGACGCGCCGACCGUGUCCCUGGUCCUGGAGUACGCCCCCGGCGGGGACUUGCGCACUUAUAUCGGCAGAGGCCACCUCGACACCGACGGUAAGCCGCGCCCGGGGAUAGACCCCGAGCGCAUGUGGUCGUGGAGUCGCGACGUCGUCAACGGGAUGGCAUACAUGCAUCGCGCGGGGGUCAUCCACCGGGACAUCAAGCCGGAGAACGUGCUGAUCGGCGUGGACUCGAGCGCCAAGAUCGGCGACUUCGGCAGCGCCGUCAUCGUCGACCCGGGGAGGCACGGCAGCGACGUGAUGACGGAUCAGGUUGGAUCGCCCGCGUACAUGUCCCCGGAGUGCGCGGGUGGCGACCCGUAUCACGGGUUCAGGUCGGAUAUAUACUCGCUGGGCGCGACGCUGUACCACUGUUUGUUCGGCAGGGUACCCCACGAGGCGCCCAACGCGGCGAUGCUGUUCGAGAUGGUCGCGAGCGCUGGGGAGGUGGACCUGAUGCCCCGGGGCAGGGCGCUGGAUCCCGCGCUCACCUCGCUGCUGAGGAAGUGUCUGGCGCGAGACCCGCAUCGAAGGGCCACGGCCAGGCAGCUGCUCGAGGACGAGUGGCUGA